AUGGCAACUCACAAACCACUAUGCUAUUAUGUCAUGAAUAAUGGUUGUGUAGAAGAGCAACAUGCAGUCUUUGAAAAACCAGACACUUCGAUGAAGUUGCAUCUCAAGCCUUUAUUUAUUCAAGCCAAGAUUAAUGGCGUGGGGGUAAAUAAAGUGUUAGUGGAUGGUGGAGCUACAGUCAACUUACUCCCUCAAUCAUUCCUGGGAAAAAUUGGACUCUAUGAUUCUGACUUGAAGCCUCAUAAUGUCAUUCUCACUAACUAUGAAGGCACUUCAGGAAAUUCUUUGGGCGCCAUCGAAUUGGAAUUAGUAGUGGGCAGCACAAGAAGGAUAACAACGUUUAUGGUAGUCCCAUCAAAAGCAAACUUCAAUGUACGGCUGGGUAGAGAAUGGAUACAUGGUGUGGGUGCAGUCCCCUCUACGGUGCAUCAAAGGAUCGCCAUAUGGAAAGAAGAUGGGCUAGUUGAGAACGUUGAAGCCGAUCAAAGCUAUUUCUUGGCUGAAGAAAAAUUUCGAUAA